AUGGGCUUCUCCAAGAAGCACAACAAGAAGGGCCUGAAGAAAAUGCAGGUCAACAACACCAAGGCAGCAGCUGUUCACGUGGAGUCCACCAAGGGUCAUGUGAAGCCCAUGGAGGUCAAGGCCAAGGUCCCAAUGAACAUCAACCGCAAGCUCAGCGGACUGGCCUACAUCGCCCAACCCAAGGGUCUGAGGCUCUGCCAGCCCAAGGCCAAGGCACAGAGCAAGGUUGAUGCUCCAGCCAAGACCUCGACUCCUGCAAAUGCUCCCCAAAGUGCCCCACCCCAGCUCACACCCCCAAAGGUGCCCACAAAGUAG